AGUGCGCCUGUGAUUGUGGUUGCGCCUCUUUUCUUAUUAAAACACCUUAAUUAAAAUUUCAUUAAAUUUAAUAUGGGCCCCGGUGUAAUUCAAAACACGGACAAUAUUCUAAACAGUUCGCAGAAACCAAUUUCUGUUGAUGGUGGUAGUUUUUUAAAUCAACUUGUUGCAAGUAAUCGCUAUAGCGUUGGUAGUACAGAGCUUGUUGUAAAUAGAACAAUUUCUGAUAUUAAUCUGGAUGGUAGAAAAGAAAAAUAUGUAGAGCUCGGUGCGGGAGACUUUAAAAUUGAAAAAACGAAGCUGGAUAAAAAGAUGCUUCAUCAAGUGACACGCCCAAAAGUCCUGAAAAACCACGAGUCCAGGGAAUAUUUGUAUGAUCGACUGUACGACACCACCGGCCCGAGAAUACCCACACUAUGCAACGAGAGGGCAUGUCUUGGAAGUUUGAUGGCGAUUCCGGGUCGCGGUGACGUGGCAAGAGACCCUGAAGAGGUGCUUAACGAUGCUAAGGACUUUCUUGGACAGUAUUUUGCAUCUAUACGCAGGGCCAAUACACCAGCUCAUGAAGCAAGAUGGAAAGCAGUCCAAGAAGAAGUUGCAAAGACAGGAACGUAUCAGUUCACCACCACUGAAUUAGUCUUUGGAGCUAAGCUUGCAUGGAGAAAUGCUAGCAGAUGUAUCGGCAGAAUACAGUGGUCCAAGUUACAGGUCUUCGAUUGUAGACAGGUGACCACAACCAGCGGAAUGUUUGAAGCUCUUUGCAAUCAUAUUAAAUAUAGCACAAACAAAGGAAAUAUAAGGUCCGCUAUUACAGUAUUCCCUCAACGUACGGACGGUAAGCACGACUACAGGAUAUGGAACAGCCAGUUAAUAAGCUAUGCCGGCUACAAGCAACCGGAUGGCACUGUACUGGGAGAUCCAAUGCAUUGCGAAUUCACAGAGUUGUGUCUCAAACUGGGAUGGAAGCCGCCCCGAACCGCCUGGGACAUAUUGCCUCUGGUGUUGUCUGCUAAUGGAAAGGAUCCGGACUACUUUGAGAUCCCUCGGGACCUUGUCAUGGAAAUACAUAUGACCCAUCCGACAUACGAGUGGUUCGAAGAACUGGAACUACGUUGGUAUGCCUUACCCGCGGUCUCCAAUAUGCGAUUCGAUUGCGGGGGUAUCGAGUUCACUGCGAACGCUUUCAACGGCUGGUAUAUGAGCACUGAAAUAGGAUGUCGUAACUUUUGCGACAAUAAUCGUCUUAAUAUGCUGGAAAAAGUCGCACAGAAAAUGGGUCUGGAUACAAGAACGCCGGUAAAUCUAUGGAAAGAUAAGGCUCUGGUGGAGGUGAAUGUUGCGGUCCUCCAUAGCUUCCAACAACAAAAUGCUACAAUUGUUGACCACCACACAGCUUCGGAGAGUUUUAUCAAGCACUUGGACAAUGAGAAUAGAUUGCGCUCUGGUUGUCCGGCGGACUGGAUUUGGAUUGUACCGCCAAUGUCAUCAUCAAUUACACCCGUAUUCCAUCAAGAGAUGGCACUGUAUUACUUACGACCCGCCUAUGAAUAUCAGGAACCAGCUUGGAAGACGCAUCAGUGGCAAAAAUCGAAGCCGAUUAGUGGAAAGCGGGCUAUUAAUAGAAAAUUUCACUUCAAGCAAAUUGCACGCGCCGUCAAAUUUACAUCGAAAUUAUUUGGCAGAGCUCUCUCUAAGAGGAUUAAAGCAACGGUUCUCUAUGCCACCGAGACUGGAAAGUCCGAGCAAUACGCUAAGGAGCUAGGGGUCAUUUUUGGCCACGCUUUCAAUGCUCAGGUACACUGUAUGGCGGAUUAUGAUAUAACAUCUAUAGAACACGAAGCAUUAUUACUUGUUGUCACCUCAACAUUUGGGAAUGGUGAUCCACCAGAAAACGGCGUGGCUUUUGGUGAACACCUAUGCGAAAUUUUAUAUGCUGAUCAAGUUGCAGGAGAAGAAUCCACUGGGAGCUCACAUGUGUUGACACCAAAGUCUUUUAUAAAAGUUAACAGUCAACUUGAACUUCAACGUUUUGCCUCUGGUAAUCCAAAACAACUGAGCAGAUUGGAAUCACUAAAAGGAAGUACAAAUGAUGCCACUUCAAUUGAUAAUUUUGGUCCACUAAGCAAUGUGCGUUUUGCCGUAUUUGCUCUUGGGUCAAGCGCUUAUCCAAACUUUUGCAACUUUGGCAAGUACGUGAACAAGUUACUCGGAGAUCUUGGCGGUGAGCGUAUUCAUGAAAUUGCCACUGGAGAUGAAAUGUGUGGUCAAGAUCAAGCUUUCCGGAAAUGGGCCUCUAGCGUAUUUAACGUGGCGUGUGAAACAUUCUGUUUAGACGAUGAUGAAACUCUGCAAGAGGCAAAAAGAGCUUUAGGCUCUGUUACAUUAAGUGAAGAAACAGUAAGAUUUACUCGUCCAGCUGGUCGCCCUCCAACAUUGCCAGCAGCGUUACAAUCUGCAUUGAACCGACAACUAGUAAUUUGCGUUGUCAAAGCUAACAAGGAUUUGGGUGACUCUACGGCGGAAAGAUCUACAAUAUUUAUAGAUCUGGAACCAAAGAAUGAAAUCAAAUACGAUCCGGGAGACCACGUUGGUAUUAUUGCUUGUAAUCGUAAAGAGUUAGUUGAUAAUUUGUUGACGCGAUUGAAAGACGUCAGCGAUUAUGAUGAGCCCGUGCAAUUACAACUGAUGAAAGAGACUCAUACUUCAAGUGGACCUGUUAAGUCUUGGGAGCCACAUGAAAAACUACCAGCUGUAAGCGUACGAGAACUGUUUACCAGAUUCUUAGAUAUAACUACUCCACCAACCACAAUUCUUUUGCAAUAUUUAGCAAAGACUUGUGAAAAUGAAGAUGAACGAAGGCAACUAAACCUUUUGGCAACAGACCCCGCUGCGUACGAAGAUUGGCGUCAUUUUCAUUUCCCGACACUUUCUGAAGUAUUAGAUCAAUUUCCAUCGGCCAUGCCAAGUGCAUCCUUGUUGGCUGCCUUGUUAUCUCCAUUGCAGCCAAGGUUCUAUUCAAUCUCAUCUUCUCCUAUUGCUCAUCCAAAACGAUUGCAUCUUACCGUUGCUGUGGUUACGUACAGAACACAAGAUGGUGAAGGUCCUGUCCAUUAUGGUGUUUGCUCAAAUUAUCUUAUGGAUCGUAAAACCGGCGAUGAGAUUUAUCUAUUCAUACGAAGUGCUCCAAAUUUCCAUCUACCACAAGAUUUAUCAGUACCUCUAAUACUCAUUGGCCCUGGAACUGGCAUUGCACCAUUCCGAGGAUUUUGGCACCACCGUAAAGCUCAAUUAAACUCUCGAACACGUCCCUCCGCCGGUCCUGUCUGGUUGUUUUUUGGUUGCCGAACAAGAACAAUGGAUUUGUACAGAGAAGAAAAAGAACAAGCACUUAAAGAAGGUGUACUGUCAAAAGUUUUUCUCGCAUUAUCACGAGAGAAAAAUAUUCCGAAAAUGUAUGUACAAGAACUGGCAGAAAAUGAAGGUUUUGAAAUUUACGAUCUGCUGGUUAAUCGAGGCGCGCAUUUCUAUGUCUGUGGUGAUUGCAAGAUGGCCGAGGACGUUCAUCAGAAGUUAAAAGGAAUAAUCAAAAAGCAUGGCGGAAUGACAGAUGAACAAGUUCAGAGUUUUAUGUUUUUACUUAAGGAAGAAAAUCGUUACCACGAGGACAUAUUCGGCAUCACACUACGCACUGCUGAAGUACACAGCGCUUCUCGAGAAUCAGCUCGAAGGAACCGCGUGGCUGCCCAACCAUGACGCCGGUCCUCGCGCUUCCGUCCUAAUUCAAUUUGCUCCGCAUAAAUUGAUGUCGCUUACUACCCUUUAAAUAUAUUGAAUUAAUUAAAUUUAAUGAUACGUUACGUAACGUACGUCAAUAAUCGAAAUCUAAUAAAUAUUUCUAUUAUCUAUUUCAAAAUCUUGAAUUUUUUAGGGAAUUGUAGUAUUAAUUCCGGAAAUAAUAUUUAUUGACACAAAAUUAUUAACUUUAUUUACGGAAGAAAUAAAAUAUAUUUAUUUUAAAAUCUAUUGUUUUGUUUGUAUAAGUAUAUUAUUUUGAACUAUUUUCUAAGGAGGUUGUGCAUAUUUAUGAGUAUUAUUUUCGAUAUGAUUCAUUAAACAGAAAUAAUAAAAUUAACAUUAAAUUGUUAAGUACAUUUAAGAAAAUACUUUAAUUAAUCUAUUUAAUUAUUCAAAUAAGUAUAUUAUGCAGGGAUUCACAAUCAUUAUACGCACAAGCAUUUAUUAUAGCGUGCUUUUAAAUUUUGUGUUUCGUUUGUCUUAAUGCAAAAAGAUAAGAAUGAACAACAAAAGACAAGAAAGUAAUUUUAUUUCAUAAUUUCAUGUUCAUUAGCUUGAAAAUUAUAAAAGAAAAUUUUCUUGCUAUAUUAUGAUAUAGGUAGGAUAAACUUUUCAUGAUAUAUUGAUACCAAUGUUUUUCGGUUAUUAGUCUAUUGCUUAAACAACUACAUUAUAUUGUUUUAAAAAAAUAACAUAAUGUUAGACAGAACACGUCAUGUUCUUUAAUUUUAGUAAAACUUGUACAUAUUUUAUGCUUGCAUCUUCUAUUUUCGAGGAUUUAAAUUAUAAUUACAUGCACGUACAUACGUCAUUAACUAAAUCAACUCCUUAUUAGAUCAUAAAAUACAUGUGCACUGCAUUUUGCGCUCUAAGUUUAAAGUCUAUUAAAAUAACAAAACUAUAUAAUGGUUACUUUUAUUACAUGAAAUAAUUGAAAACACUAAUUCUUUUACUGUAGAGAUUGGGAAAAUAUCUCCAAAUGCUGCAAUUUUACGUGAAUGUCAACUUUGUGAUCUGUGUGAACUUAGCUAGUCGUAAGAAAUGUAUUCAUAUUUUCUAUUAUCGAUAUUUAAAAAUUAAUACAACAACCCUACUAACAAAUGUUUCUGUGUUACUAUAAAUAAAUUUUGUAAUCAAUAAUCAUCUCUUGUAAUUUUAAUAAUAAUAUUAUAUACAUUUUAUCGAACGAAAAUUCCUCAAAAAUUUAUUCAAAUACACAUUUAAAACUUAUAUUUAAAUUAUAUUCAUGUCCAAAAUAAAGUCACAAGCUACAUCUUAUUACGUAUUUGCACCACUUUUACUAUUAAUGGAAGCUAUUUGGCUGUGCUACAAUAUCAGACGAUUGCAUGUUGCUGGAUUUUAUUAAUAUUUGUCUGUUAUUUAUCAAUUAAAGUUCCUUCGAAUUC